AUGGACCACAUCAUUCGGGCAAGCCCGCGGCCUCGAACAUUCAUUUCUCGCCUUCAACAGUGCCACCUCGACCGCUCUUCUCGUCUCCGCUUUUCUUCUGCUCCUUUCCCCGUCCUCUCCUCCGCUCGUCCUCUCCGCACUACAUCCCUUAGCCGGACGCCUACCGCCGCCGCCACCACUACCACCACCACCACCACCAACUUUUUCUACCACGCACGCAACGUCCUUUCUUCACACCCGAUCAAUUCAACAACGCGCCGCCUCGCUUCCAGCAUGACCGACUCGGCCUCGACCACGGAGCCGCAGUUGGCCGAAGGCGUCGACGCGGAAGCGCUGCGGCCGCGCCUGGCCGCGCUGUUGCAGCCGGAGCAAGGGUGGACGCUGGAUGCGGAGGCGCGGGGCCUGCAAAAGACAUACUAUUUCAAGACCUAUUUCAAGGCGGUGAGUUUCGUGAAUGUAAUCGCGUCGCAGAGCGCCGCGAUGAAGCAUCAUCCUACUAUGACUGUUCGGAUUGGAUCGGUGGAUAUCCACUGGACGACGCACCAGCCGCGAGGUUUGACGGCCAAGGAUGUGGAUAUGGCGCAGCAUUGUGACGAGGCGGCGGAUUUGAUGGGUGCGGUGGAGGCCGGGCAGGGGAGGAAGUGUCAUUGA